GAUAAUCGCCUCGCUUUGCGCUCUGCGCGGGCGUCACGUGACCUGCCGUCGUCCGCCGCCGAGCCUCUUCAAUGGCGAUGACGUCGCCGGACGGGCGGGUCACGUGACCAGCAGCGGCUGGUUCCCACGGCAGGCGACGACGCCGGGCUCCCGAGAACUCAGCACGCUGAUCUCGCUGGCCGAGAUGGGACUCAACCACACCCAGUACCUCUACGACGUCUUGGAGCCGGAUAUAUAUCGAACAGGACUGUCUCUCUCGCCCGACGAGCCGGGCUCCUACCUGGCCGCCUUCAACCGACAGCGCCCCAAGGCCAAGGACCUCGCCAAGUAUGGCUACGCCAGUCUGCAUACCAGCCGACUCAUCUCGAAAAGGUACAACCUGGCCCGCCAGCACAUGGUGCAGCUGCAGGAGGUGUCGGUGCGCGGCACGGGCCUCUACGACGGCUGCCCGACCAAGUCGGAGCCGGAGCCGGGCGUGUGUCCGCCGCUGUCGGUUUACUUCAGGACGGCCGAUGGCAGUUGUAACAACGCUAACAGCAGGUACCUGGGAGCCGCCAUGACACCGUUCUCCAGAUUCUUGCCACCACGAUACAAUGAUGGCGUCCAGACACCCCGCCGCUCUGUGGCCGAUGGUGAGCCGCUGCCGUCGCCCCGAGACGUCAGCAUGACUGUCCACCGCGACGUCAACCUCACCUCCACGCGCAUCACCAUGAUGGUCAUGCAGUGGGGCCAGUUCAUGGACCACGAUCUCACCUCGUCGGCGCAGGCGCGGGGCUUCAACGGCUCUGUGCCGCGGUGCUGCCAGGACGGCCGCGAGCUGCCGGCCGACCGGCGCCACCCAGACUGCAUGCCCAUCAGCAUACCCAAAUACGACCCGUUUUACUCCAAGUAUAACCAGUCCUGCAUGGAGUUCGUCAGGUCGUCUCCGGCGCCCCGGCCAGACUGUACGCUGGGACCCCGUGACCAGAUCAACCAGAUCACAUCCUUCCUAGACGCCAGCAACGUGUAUGGCUCGUCUGACGAGGAAAUGAACCAGCUGCGGCUCUUCUCUGGCGGCAUGCUGAGGUACACCCAUCUGCGGUACCGGAAGCCGCUGCUUCCGCCCGGCGACGUCAAUGUCCACUCCGAGUGUCGCAUGACCAGCGACAACCUCCACUGCUUCACGGCCGGGGAUGACCGGGUCAACGAACAGCCGGGGCUGACAUCGAUGCACACGCUGUGGAUGCGUGAGCACAACCGCGUGGCGCGCGGGCUGGCCCGUAUGAACCCGCUCUGGGGCGACGACCGGCUCUUCCACGAGGCCAGGAAGGUGGUGGGGGCUAUGGUGCAGGUCAUCACCUACAACGAGUGGCUGCCUGUCGUGCUGGGGCGUUCCGUCAUCAAGAUAUUUGACGUGACCCUGCAGAAGUACGGCUACUUCUAUGGCUACAACAGUUCGGUGAACCCGACCAUCGCCAACUCGUUUGGUUCAGCCGCCUUCCGCUUCGGCCACUCGCUGGUCAACAGCAAGCUCGACCGGUGUGACAAAUUCGGCAACUCCGUCAAAUUCGACAUCUCGCUGCAUCAGGAGCUGAUGAACCCGGCGCAGCUGCACAACAUCGGCAGCGUCGACCGGCUGAUGUUCGGCCUGCUUACCAGCAGGCGCAGCGGCGCGACGUCUUCAUCCAGCCGCGAGCUCACCAACCGGCUCUUCCAGACCACGCAGCCGUUCGGCAUGGACCUAGCAUCGAUCAACAUCCAGCGGGGCCGCGACCACGGACUGGCACCGUACAACACGUGGCGGCGCGAGUGCGGGCUGCGCCGCUUCACCAACUGGGGCCAGCUUCUGGAGGUCAUGGACGACGACAGCGUCGGCCGCCUGCGCGUGGCGUACCGGCACCUGGACGACAUUGACCUGUUCGCCGGCGGGCUGGCGGAACGCCCGGUCAAGGGUGGCUUGGUGGGGCCCACGUUCGCCUGCAUAAUCGGACAGCAGUUCCUCAACCUGAAGGUGGGCGACAGGUUCUGGUUUGAGAACGGCGGCAUGAAGUCAUCCUUCACCCCGUCCCAGCUGCACCAGCUGCGGAAGACGACGCUGGCCAGGGUGCUGUGCGACAACCUAGACGACAUCGACGUGGUGCGGCCGCUUGUCAUGCGAACGGGAAUCGUUAGCCAAAGGAACCGACCCGUCUCGUGUCAGCUGAUCCGGCGGGUCAGCCUGCGGCCGUGGGAGGAGCCGCCUCGCGAGGCGGCACCGGCCGCCCCGGCCGCACCCGCCGCGGUCGACUCCCUCGCCGAGGACUUCCAGUUCACCCCCAAAAACAAGCCGCACCCUGGCAUUGCCGCACUCGGUCUGCAGCAUCUCAUCGGACCGUCUGAGAUUCCAAAUCCGCUGAACAACCAGCGUCCGCCGCCGCAGUACCUGCGCGAGGACGAGCUGGAGGCGCCGCAGGAGCCGUCCGAGAGCUACCUGGACGAGAUGCCGCAGCAGCUGUCGCCAACCGCCGCCCUCGCCGGUCAGCCUCUGUACGACCUGCUCGACCUGGGCGACCUGCUGGCAGGCCGGCAGGCGCGCGGGCGCGUGUGA